AUGCCCCCCACCGCGCCGUACAGAUACUUUUUCCUCGCCGCCCUCGUCCUGGCUUCUGCAAUCCUCCAGCCCACGGCCUUCUUCCGCUCCGCCGCCCGCCUGUUCCAGUGGAAGCAGCACCUCCCCCUCAGCCCCGCCCUCGACGCCAACCGCACGCUGCACGCCAUGGCCUACGACAGGGAACUCGAGCUCGCCCUGCUGGCCGUCCAGCGCGCCUCCAUCCUCACCAAGAGCGUCUACUCGUCCCACAGCAAGGGCACCCUCACCAAGACGGACAGCUCGCCCGUCACCAUCGGCGACUUUGGCGCCCAGGCCCUGAUCAUCGCCAGCAUCAAGUCCGCCUUCCCCGACGACGAGGUCGUGGGCGAGGAGGACGCAGACGACCUGCGCAGCAACGCCGACCUGAAGCAGCUCGUCUGGGACCUCGUCCAGCAGGCCAGGCUCAGCGACGCCGCCUCCGAGCACAAGAUUGGCGGGCCCAUCAAGAGCGCCGACGACAUGCUCACCGCCCUCGACAGCGGCGCCAGCCCAGGCGGGAACAAGGGCCGCAUCUGGGCCCUCGACCCCAUCGACGGCACAAAGGGCUUCCUGCGCGGCGGCCAGUACGCCGUGUGCCUCGCCCUCAUGGUCGACGGCGUGCCCACCGUCGGCGUCAUCGGCUGCCCCAACCUGCCCGUCGACGACAAGGCACCGCUGGACAGCAACAUCGGCACCGACGCCGACGACAAGGAGGGCAAGGGCGUGCUGUUCGGCGCCGUCAAGGGCCAGGGCGCCACCUCGCGCGCCCUCACAGCCGGCAAGCUCGAGCCGCCCACCACCAUCCACAUGUCGCCGCUCCCGGACGUCGCGCAGGCCACCUUCUGCGAGUCCGUCGAGGCCGCCCACAGCUCCCACGGCGACCAAGCCGACAUUGCAAAGAAGCUCGGCAUCACAAAGCACUCGGUGCGCAUGGACUCGCAGGCAAAGUACUGCUCCAUUGCCCGCGGCGCAGGCGAUCUGUACCUGCGCCUGCCCACGAGCAAGACGUACCAGGAGAAGAUCUGGGACCACGCCGCCGGCGUCGUGCUGGUGCAGGAGGCUGGCGGCGAGGUCACCGACGCGUGGGGCAAGACGCUCAACUUUGGCAUGGGCCGCACGCUCAAGGAAAACAAGGGCAUCAUUGCUGCGCCCAAGUCCGUGCACGCACAGGUCAUCGAGGUCGUCAAGGAGGUGCUGAGCGCGAAGAAGGAUUGA